AUGGCCAAACUAUAUUUUGAAGAGAAUUUGACAUGUUGUCCGUUUGGAGAAGCUACAGUAUUACACUUUGCUGAUCAUACUUUGGUAAGGUUCUCUUUUUUGGAUAUCAUUUUAUUUUAGGGGACAAAAUGCGAAAUCCACAACUUUGCCGAGCAAAUGAGGGUAAUGUGAAAUUAUCCUUGAUUUGUAAAUGUAAAAUUAUCCAUGGCCUUUGUUGUAGGAUGAUAAACCAUGGUUUAUGGACGAGAAAACUGAUCGUAUACCUCCCAUCAACUUUACUCAAAUCAAAACAUUGAAAGAGAUUAAUGUACUUGAUACUGAAAUGUAAAUUUUAUGACUGGUAUUAAAUUUUUUAGAUGCUGUAAUACGAAGCUAGACUUCUGGACCACGCAUUCUGUUGAAAAUUUGAAGUUUAAAGAUCCUGUUGACAAGUUUUUUUAUAUUCCGAUUGAGUUUCUGUCCGUAAGUAAUUAUAUGCUAUUGUUUUAUUACUGUUUAGGCCCGCAUCGGUACUUAUUUUUGUUCAUGUGGAGCACUCUUGAGGCAUACCGGCUUUAUCUCACAUUUCUUUGUCAAUUAUUGUCUUCAUUUACUCUGGAACCACCAAAAAAACGAAGCUCUUGCUGAAAAAGCCCUCAAAAAUAUCCGCCACCUACACUCUGUCAUCGAAAAUGACCGAGAUUCAGGAACGGGAGAUCUCGUGUGAGUUCAGUCUGACAAUAACCUAUAUAAUACUACCUAUUUUUAUGAAAAUGUUAUAUUUAUCUUUCAGAGUUGAUUUAUUGCCUUCGAAAAAGUUUUCAAACAUGAUUUACCACAGCAGAGGUGAAAAGGGUGGUGUCUACUUGUGUUUGAAGUGCUGUUUUCGUUUUCCUUCGGUCAGAGCAUUCAACACACAUUGUAUUAAGGAUCACGGGCUACAGUAAGUGAUUACUUUUCUUAUGUUGUUCGAUUUUUAGUUUGCGAACCGGCUUGGUUUGUGUUGACAAAUCUCGAAUUGGCGGUGAACCCUCCGAUUCGCAGCUUUCAGCACAAAAAAUGCUGAUAAUUCGGGAUGGACGUGCCUUUGGAUGGUAAGGGUAAUAUAGCGCUUUUAUAUUGCUGGAGAUUGUAAAAUUGAUCCUAAUUUACUCAGUGCAGGACCUGCGUUGAUUGUGGACAUGCCAUCCGAAAGGAGAACAAGGUUGAAAUCAUCAUUGCUAUAAUGGAACAUCUGUAAGCAAACAUAUAAUUUUAUAUAUACGAUAUUCUUCAGAUUCCUAUCGAUAUGUGAGGGUGCUGUGGAAUGGAGAUCUGUUCGCCAGGAUGUCUUCAGCGAUCUUAACGACAUGAAACGGUAGAUGUUUCUUUAUAAACGUCAUGGUGUCAUCACAUUUUCAGGAAAAUUAUUGCAAAAGCGAAAGAAAAUGAACAACAAAUGUAGGUUACAAUAUUCUUUAUGUGUAUCAGUCCCUUUUAGAGAUACUGCAUUCAUCAGAGAGCUCAAAGUACUCAACAAACAGCGGUGUUUGACUUUAAAGCGAUAUUUGAACGCGGACACUAGAAGUGGACUGGAAGAGCUGAAUGAUUUUGAUUGGGAAGACAUCGUAAUAUGUCCAUUUUGUGUUACGGUGGCGUGGGAUGUGAAAACACACUUUGAGAAUUGGUAAGGAAACGUUCUGUUAUAUAUACUUUUAUAUUAUGCAUGUCCAAAAAAUAUUUAAUAAUUUCAGUGCACUGAUAACGAACAAAAUUGCUAUAAUCAAAAAGGAGUCAAACAGGCCAAGAAGGGCGAGCAGAGCUAGAUCAGUGAUUAGUCUGAGCUUUCAUCAAGGCGAAGAAACGGAUCUCAACAAUGAUGAAGAGAGUUCAAGAAGAAGGAGAAGUAACCCAAAGAGAACUUGCACUUCGAAACAACAAGACAACACUUGCGAAUCCAUCGAGAAUCUAACAAUUGACACCCCAGAGAGGGAGAGAAGUCCAAGUUUAAGACCUAAUAUCAAACCUGUGACUCCAAAAAGAACGAGGACUAAUACUGUUGGGAAGGUGGAAGAAGCCAAGAAAAUAAGGGUUGAUCAGCCUUCAUGGAUGAAUAAGCUCCCGUUAUCUUUCUCGAGAAAGUGAGUACAAGCUUUUCGAACGUAAUCUGAUAUCACUUUAGUCGUCACAAAUGCGACUUGUGCAAGAAAUACAUUUACACCUACUCUUGCACUCCGGCCAAACCAUUUAUGGUUUUAAUUCACUUCAUUGGACAUCAUAAAGGACUUUUGGAGAACUUAGAGAUCAGGUAAUGAAACUGAGACAGUCUAAUAUUGUUUUUAUUUUAAUUAUAGAAAGCUAUUCUCGGCUUAUUUUCAGCGAAUCCAUCUCAGAAUCUCAAUUCCCUCCCUUGAAUGUUCCUUUUUCUUUAAAACACAAAAUUUUUGUUUGUGGCGAAUGUAAUCGCAAAUGUAAAACCUUCAAAGAACUCGAAACGCAUUCAACUCAAAUCCACAGGGACUUGAAGCCGGAUGAUUACAGUUUCGGCGGGAUCCGAUGA